CUGGGUAUCACCCUGUUACCAUUUGUCAAAGUUUUCUCGUGUGAAUUGAAAACAAUAAUAUAAACAUCUACAAAGUAUUUUUUACGCUGAGAUUUUUAAGCUGCUCUUAUUUGGUUGUCGUUACAUGGUAGCAUAUAUACGCAAUGACUGAAUUAAAUAUUGAAAGUAAGCCGAAAAUUUCCGAUCAGGAACGUGAACUGGAGAUCACUGCAUUCAAUGAGUUUCAAAGAGCCGAUUAUCAUUCCUGUCUGCAAGCUCUGUCGAAGCUUCAAAAAACACAGGAUUCUAAUCCGAAAGUAACCCACAACAAAGCGGUGGCCGAGUUUUACAUCAGCGAUUUGCGCAAAUAUGAUCAGUUCCGUAAAACGAUGGUUCAGAUUACGGAACUGGUGGGAGAGAUUCAAACCGUGGAAGUGAAGCAUCCCGAGCUGGCAGCGGCCUACGUGAACCAGGCGAUGAUUUUAUACCACUUCAAGCAACCACUGGCGGCGCUGAAAAUAAUGCUCGCUGUUAUGAAUAAUUUCGAUCAACUGGAUGAUUAUCUGUUGCGGAAGGCGGGAAUAUUCACCAUUCAUUUACUGUUGGAUACAAAUCAGCCCAAGAAAGCUAACGGUUUGCUUGGAAUGCUGCAGGUCCGGCUGAGCAUUCGGGUGCAUGAAAUUUUAGGUCCGGACGACGAGGAAGAGCGUGUGGUUGAUAACGAGAGCCGCAAAGAUAUAUCGGAAAUUCAAUUCGAAGAGUUUCGGAAAGAGUUCCGUUUGAUCCUGAUCAGAUCGAAUUUGUUGAACGGGAAGAAAAACUUUGCCAUUCCUUCGGAGGAAACUGCCGAGUAUUCAAUACUGAAAGGACAUCAGUACUAUUUGGGUAACGAUUAUCAGAUGGCUGCGAAAGAACUGGCGAAAAAAUUCGUAAAUGAACCCAUCCAGGUCCAUACCCACGGAGAAGAUCAAAACACUUGUCUGGCCAACAACAUGGGAUUGAUACAUUUCGCGGUGAAACACUACGCAUUGGCGGCAAGAUUCUUCCAACAGGCUUUAUUGUUCGAUGAGGCAGCUACACAAAAUACAUCUACGGAGAAAGUGGAAGGUUCCCCACUGUAUUGUGUGGGAGCUACGAAGCGGCCGGAAAUAUUGUACAAUCAUGGAAUAACGCUGCUCUACUUGCAGAAGCCGAAGGAAGCGUUCGAAUGUCUGCUAGUUGUAUUGUAUUCUUACCAUAACAAUCCGAAGUUAUGGCUGCGUCUAGCCGAAUGCUGCAUCAUGGUUCAUCAGCAAUCGUUGAAAGAACAAAGCAAGAAUAUCACGACAGUUCUUAUGCACCGAAAGUACCUUCAAAAGCGACCUUUCAAUAUCGCAGAUCAAUCGACAGCGAUUCCCAGUACUACGCUUGAAUUUGCUUCCCUGUGUCUUCGGAAUGCGGUCACUCUGAUUGAUUUCCAUACCGGAGAGCUGGCCGGACAUGCUCAGGCAGCUGAUAAACCAGUCUCUUGGGAUAAAGUGUACGAAGGUGUUCCCUGUAAUCCCUCCAAACCGCUCAAACCCGCGAACUUAGAAAAGCUCAAAAUCGCCACGCUUAGCGCCUACAGUUAUGUUCUUCUGAGUCUGGGCGAAUACACACUAGCGCUGAAAUACGCCCAGGAAAAUUUGGCCAUCCAUGAUUUGCCUGAGACCCACCAAACAUUGUCCGCGAUGUAUUGUGCGGAAGCACUGGUUAUGAUGGACCGUGUGCCGGAAGCUCUCGUUUAUCUGGAACCUAAGCGAAUCGACGAUCUGAGGGGAGAUGAUUUCACCACUCGCGGUUCGCCCAAUUGGAAUAUGAACUCUUUGGAGGCGGCCCAGUCGGUGAUGAACUAUAAUCUCGCGGUGACGCUGUUCGCAAUUGGCGACUACGAGAAAGCGAAAGUAUACAUGAACGCGUGCAUCCAUCCCGUAGUGUUGCCGCAUCUGAAAAUGCUCAAAAUGUAUGCCGAGUUGGUUUCCGGAAAUGUGGAGAAGGUGAAGCUGAUGGCUCGGUACGAUACACCCCAUUUGGUGUAGCAUGUUGGAACGAAAUAAAAUGUAUAUUGUCUGUUGAA